AGUAGUUAUACUAAUUAGGUAGUAUCCGCACUGAGAUCUUGAUUUUUCCACGCCUGCUCUCUUUUUACCUCAGCUGGAGCCGUCACAACGGAAGUUCGAAAUAUGUGUAGACAUAUCCUGAAUGUUCAAGUAGCAGUACGCGCGCCAUGCUGCAAGAAGUGGUUCGAUUGUUCCGAAUGUCAUGCAGAAACAGAAUCCCAUACACUGGUCAAGACUGUGGAAAUGACAUUCCUCUGCAAGAAAUGCAAAAAGGCUUUUAGAAAGGAUAUGACAGUGUACGAGGAGAGUGACGAGUAUUGCCCUCACUGCGAUAACCAUUAUGUUAUAGAAGCCAAGACGCCGCAGGCGGUGGUAGGAGUAGAAGGCGAAGAUGCUAGAGUAGAUGCACGGAUGCUCAAAGACGAUCGAAUGAAGGAUUCAAAAGAUCGCUCUAUAUUCAGUGUCAAAGAUGAAGUGGAUUUACUCGAUUUCUAAAUGGAUCUACAACCACAUUGGAUUAACAGGAAUGUACUGAUAGUUCAGGAUGUGACAAUCUAUUCAAGCUUUGCAAUCACA